AUGGAGGAUGAACUUCUGCCCCGUCAGCCUGUUUAUGCACUGGUUCCAUCGUCCGGACCAUCAAUUGAAAGCAACCGACUGCUCCUUCGCCCCGUCAAAGACCGUGACACUACAGCAUUAUUUGCCGUGCGUGCCCGGCCAGAAGUAGCAAAGACCAAUUACCCUAAAACACCAUUCCAGUCCAUUGAGCAGACAAAAGAAUGGCUAUCGAGCAAGAUCUUCAAGGCACCCGCUAGUGUCAUUGGUCGUUCGUUUGUGUAUUCGAUUGUGGAUAAAUCGAUUCCAGAUACUGAAGAGCAAGUCAUUGGUUAUAUGGGUAUCAAUGCCGUCGACCCGUGCCCGGAAAUUGGAUACUCGCUUCUUCCGGAGUCUUGGGGUAAAGGAUUCGCCACGGAGUCAUUGCGAAUGAUGUUGAAGAUGUGGUGGGACCUUCCGAGGAUGGAACUUGAUGAUCUCGAUCGUUCUUCUGGAUUUGUGGAGAAAAUUUAUGCGAUUUGUGAGAGGGAUAACCUUGGGAGCUGCGCGGUGUUGAGGAAAUGCGGCUUCGAGAUUGUGAAGGAAGUAGAGUUUGGUACUGAUAAGCUUUAUCUGUGGUCAUUAGACAAGCCAGAAAGUGGUUCUCGGGUUGUGGGUGCAAGUGUGGAAUAUCGUUACGUUAAAAAUUAG